ACUUUAUAUAUAAAUAUAAUUCGAUAAAAGUAGAACAUACAUAUACACAAAUCGAAGAAAAGUGCGCUAUGAAACUUAAUCAUAUUUUUAAAUAAACUCUCACAAGCGUCAAAUGUUUUUAUUUUAAUUUUUUAGAUCUUUUAAAUGAGUAAUUUUGUGUCGUAAAUAAAUGACUUUUAUUUUGUGAUAUUUAAACGCAUGACUCUUAUUUUGUGUAGCGGUCUGUUACUUCCUGUGCUGAGCGGUCUAGAGAGGGACUGACUGACAGCUGAGAGAAAGCUAGUGCGGUUAACUGUAGUUUGGUUAAUUAGUUCGUUAGAUUACUCAUCAUGGCCAGAAGUGACGGUGGCUUGUAUUUCAGGAGAUCCAGCGUGUUCUGGAUGCUGGUCGUGACGGUUUCUUUGAGUUUUUUCACGUGGACGGUGUUUUGGCCUCAGGACGUCCCGUACAGCAGUCUGGGUCCUCUCGGCGCUCUGGCCAAGCACUGUGUGGACUAUCAUUAUCCUGUGCUGUAUUACGGAUGGUUUCUGACGUGGCUCAUCCAUCUGUUCGAGGCUCUUUUUGCGCUGAAGGUCUGCAGUGAUAAAGGCAUUGACAGCACGUCCACGCGUUUGCUGUGGUUCGCUCAGACGUUCCUGUUUGGUUUCGCGUCUCUGGGUCUUCUGCUCAAAUACAAGCCGGGCGGCCGAUCCAAACGCCAGUGACAGAAACCUCAGCCUGACACCGGCACUCGUUUCCCAGCAGGACUCUGAUCUUUAUAUUCCAGAGGAUUUAUCAACCAGCAGGUUAUAUUUGAACAGUCACAUCCACCUCACUGAUUCUGGAACAGCCUUUCACUGAAGGCUAAAUGUCACAUCCGAGGCCUUGUUCACAUGAUCCUGGUUCAGUACUGAAGCUCUAUCAGCAGCAUUAGUGACAUAACGUCUGUCAGCACAGAAAAUCACUUCAGCUCGCACCUCAGUGCAGGUGCAGUCGGACACUUACAGUGCAAAACACACUGUUAUACCUCAGACUAGUGUGAUACAAUCACUUACUAACCUCGACUGGUAUAGUUACAGUAUAUCUAGUGUCUCACCUCCUGUAAUGGCCAUGUGAAUCCAGUAAACAUGGUGACUUUCACACAGUGUGCUCAGAGACAGGUUACAUACAGAAAAAUCCAGAAAUUCAUGGGUGAUGAAUAACUAGAAAUGCUUUAGUGAAAUAGACUAAACUUCCCACUGUACAACAGAAUAAGAGAGCCCUCCGUGUAAGCUAUAACGUUUACUGCAGUACACUGAGAAAAAAAAAUGCUUUUAAACAGUCUUCACUCAGAAAAUGCCCAAAUAAUUACAAAGAAACACAUUGAUUUAAACAUGAAAUUUUGAAGUAGAAAAAGUGAAAUUGUAUUUUCGGCAACACUUGAAGCCUUUUUGUGUGAUGAAUUAUAAAGAUAAUCAUAAUAUACAUUGUAUCUUUUGUAUAGAUAAUUGUAUCCAAAAUUGAGAUGCAUUAUAAUAUUUGCAGAAACCUUCUUGCAUCUGAAAUUGGUCGUUUGCAUCAUUCUUUUUAAAGGUGUAACAGUGAGUAGAUACGCGUGUUAUACUUGUGGUUACAAUUAUUAUUCAUGAGAUCAUACAAUGCAUUAUAAGGUGCAUUAAAAGGCAUAAUUAAUGCAUCAAUAAUACUUGUACAAUGCAUUAUAUCAAAAGGCUUUAAGUUUUAUAUAAAAAAGGUACGUUGUACUGUUUAUUUUCAAUUUUGAUUUUUUUUUUUAAAUGCUCUAUAUGUUCUGCUGUAAGAAAGAGGGGGGGGGAUUAAUAAAAAAUCCAGUUAUAAAAAUAAUUAAAUUGUUUAAAUUAAAUUAUUUAAAGUCAUGCUGAGGCCCUGUAGUGAAAACCACUGAUUUACAUUUAGUCAUUUAGCAGAUGCUUUUAUCCAAAGUGACUUACAAAUGAAGACAAUAGAAGCAAUCAAAACCAACAAAAGAGCAAUAAUAAGCAAGUACAGUCUACUCGGUUUACAGUUUAUGAUUUAGACAGUUUACAGCUCAAAUACAUUGUAAAGGAAGAAUUCAUGAGCUCUAACAUAUUGUAUUUGCUGCUGCUGUAAACAUGAGUCAGGUGAUUUUCAGUGCUGAUUUUCUGUGAUGUUCCUCAAACACUGUUGAUGGAGCAGAAUCCUGAACACAGAACAUUCCUCUAGCAGUGCUUCUCGGCCGCUGCAGGUUUACAAACACUGCUGUAAGUGCAGUUGGUUAUUUUUGGCACAGUACAUGGUUAGAUUCCUGCAGAAGAACCGCAGUGUGUCCAGUCUCUGUGUUUCACUGGGGUUUGUGUGAUUAUGACGUGAUUUACAGAUCAGGAGUGUGCAGUGUUUAGUGGUGCUGAGUGUUUGAAUGAUGGAAAAUAAACUGACUGAUUUGA